AAGAGAGGGAGGGAGGCAGAGAGAGCGCGAGAGCGAGAGAGAGGAGGCCGGGGAUAAAGCACGGAGAAAGCCUGGAUCGGUUCCGCUGUGCGCGUGCAGAUGUGUAGCGUAUACAAGCAACGGCGCGUGAACUUGAGGAGUUUUAUUUGGUUCAAGACAAACCGGACAUCUCCUCCGGAGAGGACUGAAGGGGGACCCACCUGGUUGCUACGGGGACAGUUUUAAUAUUUUAAUCGGUUACCACGCAUCGCCAUGCCGUCGAAUACUACCACACUGCCACCAUCAGUGGACCCCACUACACACAUGAGUGAAGACAGAGCGGUCCAUGUGGGCCCAGAGGAGGGGAGUUUAGCCAGCCCACCCGCACUCUGCAGAGUUGAUAGACCCAACAGACAACACAACCACACUCUUUCUGACUCGUGUGAGAUGGCACCCCCCACACCCCCAGAGGAAGUUGACCCCUCCCCUCGCAGGAAACGUGGCAGGCGGAAAAUGGAGCCUCUGGAGCCGAAGGACCCCAACAUGGAGGGGGAAGGCAGCAGGCUGCGCAGAAGGCCGGUUCCCAGAGAGACCUUUCAGGCUGGAGAUCCUUUUAACAUCAGCAGGAGACAGAGAGACAAGUGGAUCAACCGCUGGAGUAGAGAGGCUGAGAUGCGGGCCCACCAAGAGGAUGUGAUGAGCGUGAUGGAGAACCUAUCAGAGCCAGAGUUUCAGAAGGAGGAGGAGCCAGCAGCCAGUUUAGCCACUCCCACACCCCAGCAACACACUGACCCCGCCUCUCCCACCAUCGCCAUGACGCCAGAGCCUGUUGCCAGGGGCCACCGGGCCACACCCAGAGAUUCAGAGUACAAGGAUGGUAGAGGGUUUGGUUUGGGCUGUCUGGUGUUCGGGAAGCUGCGUGGGUUCUCCUGGUGGCCUGGGCGCAUCGUCUCCUGGGUGAUGAGUGGGAGGAGCCGUGCAGCAGAGGGAACACGCUGGGUCAUGUGGUUCGGAGACGGGAAGUUCUCUGUGGUGUGUGUAGAGAAGUUGAUGCCGCUGAGCUCCUUCUCCUCAGCCUUCCACCAGCCCACCUACAACAAACAGCCCAUGUACAGGAGGGCCAUAUAUGAGGCACUACAGGUGGCGAGCAAGCGUGCCGGCAGGCCUCUCCCCUCUUGUGAUGGUGGUGAUGAUGCAGAGGGUGGGGGGGCGGAGCUACAGAAGCAGAACAGGAAGUUGAUAGAAUGGGCCAUGACAGGCUUCCUGCCCAGCGGACCUCCGAGUCUGGACCCCCCUGAUGAGGAGAGACACCCAUAUAAGGACGUGUAUCCUGAGAUGUGGGUGGAGCCAGAGGAAGCUUACACCCCGCCCCCUCCGACCAAGAGGCCCCGCAAGAACGUUGCUGAGAAACCCAAGAUCAGAGAAGUCAUCGAUGAGGGGACUAGAGAGAGACUCAUCCAAGAGAUCAGACAGAAGACCAGGAACAUGGAAGAUAUCUGUAUCUCCUGUGGAAGCCUCAACGUCUCUCUGGAACACCCUCUCUUCAUCGGAGCCAUGUGUCAGAGCUGCAAGAACUGUUUCUUGGAGUGUGCGUACCAAUACGAUGAUGAUGGAUACCAGUCGUACUGCACUAUCUGCUGUGGAGGACGGGAGGUCUUGAUGUGUGGAAACAACAACUGCUGCAGGUGUUUCUGUGUGGAGUGUGUGGAUCUUUUGGUGGGUUUGGGUUCGGCGUCAGCUGCGAUCAGAGAGGACCCCUGGAACUGCUACAUGUGUGAAACACACAACACACACGGGUUACUACGACGACGCGACGACUGGCCGUCACGACUACAGGUGUUCUUCGCUAACAACCAUGAACAGGAAUUUGAGGCAGCCAGGUUGUACCCUCCUGUAGCAGCUGAGAGGAGACAGCCAAUCAGAGUCCUCUCUCUGUUCGACGGUAUCGCCACAGGUCUGUUGGUGCUCAGGGACCUAGGUAUUCAGGUGGACAGGUACGUGGCUUCAGAGGUGUGUGAGGAUUCUAUCACCGUGGGGAUCGUACGUCACCACGGUUCCAUCAUGUAUGUUGGAGACGUACGCAACGUCACGCGCAAACACAUCCAGGACUGGGGUCCGUUUGACCUGGUGAUUGGAGGAAGUCCCUGUAAUGAUCUGUCCAUCGUCAACCCCGCCAGGAAAGGACUCUUCGAGGGUACUGGACGGCUGUUCUUUGAGUUUUACCGGCUGCUCCACGAGGCCCGUCCCAAACCAGACGACCACCGACCAUUCUUCUGGCUCUUUGAGAAUGUUGUUGCCAUGGGGAUCAGCGACAAGAGAGACAUCUCACGAUUCCUUGAGUGUAACCCAGUGAUGAUCGAUGCCAAAGAAGUGUCUGCUGCUCACCGCGCCAGAUACUUUUGGGGAAACCUGCCGGGCAUGGGGCGUCCUCUCACAGCCAUGGUGAAUGAUAGAUUGGAACUACAAGACUGUCUGGAGCACGGACGCACAGCCAAGUUUGGGAAGGUGCGUACAAUAACAACGCGUUCUAACUCAGUGAAGCAGGGGAAGGAUCAACACUUCCCUGUUUACAUGGACAACAAGGAGGACAUACUCUGGUGUACUGAGAUGGAGAGGGUUUUUGGGUUCCCGGUCCACUACACAGAUGUGUCCAACAUGAGUCGUCUCUCCAGACAGCGUCUGUUGGGGCGGUCCUGGAGCGUUCCAGUCAUACGACACCUCUUCGCCCCACUCAAAGAGUACUUCGCCUGCAACUAAUACACACACACACACACACACACACACACACACACACACACACACACACACACACACACACACACACACACACACACACACACACACACACACACACACACACACACACACACACACACACACACGCACACACACGCACACCUCAACUGAAAGAGUUCUCAGCCUGGAGCCCAGCCCAUGACCCACAGGCCGAUGCCCAACCAGAAAGCUUCCAGCCCCGCCCCGGUGUUAACCAAUCACAAGCCAGGAUACGCCCCAACCCUGGUGCUACCCAAUCACAAACUAAACCUGUUAUCCAGCCACAAAACAAUACUCCGACAACAUGGACUGUCUCUCUUCCAGUCUCUCUGUCACUCACACCUCAGAUUCCAUGGUGCUAGUUGACAAAGGUGCUUCAACACUCAGUGGUGCUUAAUCUCCUCUACAUCUCCCUCCUGUUAAUCAAAUCUAUGGUGCUACACACACACACACAUACACAGGUCACUACCAGGUCUUUGUUCAGUAGUUUCAUUAGUUUGCAGUGUUUCUUUCUCUUCAGGUAGCAGCUUGUUUUCUACUGUCUCUAAGUGCAGCGUAGCAGAGGGGUUAGAGGUCAGGGGUUAGAGGUCAGUGUUCUACAGUUAAGCGUUGUGGAGGUAGUUCAGCAUGACGAUUAACUUGCCUGAGACCUGAGGACUCAGGUUAGCGCCCAGAGAGAGCCUAUUCUUUAGUUCAGUGGGCUAACAUGGUCUCGUGGCGCACAGACAAUCCAGGUUUACCCAGCAGUCAGUCACACUAGUGGGUUACACAGUUUGCUGCACACACACACGCGCACGCACGCACACACACACACACACACACACACACACACACACACACACACACACACACACACACACACACACACACACACACACACACACACACACACACACACACACACACACACACACACACACACACACACACACACACACACACACACACACACACACACACACACACACACACACACACACACACACAAACACACACAUACACACAAACACAGUUGUGAUGAGCUGUUUCCAACCCUGUGCUCCGUCAUGCGCAAACACAGCUGUCUCCCAUGGUGCAGUGGGGCGUUAUGUCAUAAGGUGCUUGCUUACGGUAACAUGGUUACUAUGGGUUACCAUCAAUUACUAUCUGUCAGUAUAGUGAGUGGUCUGUUGUACUGUAGGGGGAGGGGCUUGGGGGCAGGGGGUGGGAUGUUUAUUUGUUGUUUGAUGUGAUUUACUGGUGGUUAUUUGAAUGACAGGUGAUAAGUCAACGAGGGUAUCACCCGUUGGGAGUUUUAACAGGGUGGAGUCCAAGCAGGCUGUCACACACAGACAUGCACGCUCCUCUCACGGGUGUAAUGAAAUGUGUUUUGAAGAGGAAGGUCCGGUGAUGUUUCAAAAGGUGCUAAAAUAAAAUAAAAAUAGAAUAUAUCAGAUCUAUAGUUAGAAUAAGGUUGUCUUUCCAAUGGCUGUAUUUAGUUGUGGUAGAGAGUCAAAGGCAAUAUUAUGUACUCUUGUAUCUUGUAUGCAGAAUAACUAAAGCAGAAUAACUAAAGGCAUUUUAACUUUGUACUUGAACCUGUAAUGAAUAAAGGAUUCAUGUUUUAGCCUAGA